UAACUAUGUGCUAGCGAUCAAAGUGGGACCUGGUCUUAUCAGCUGAGCUCCCUUGUCUAAAGUAAGGCCGGUUGUGAAUUUGUCUCUGCAGGAUGGCAUACCACAGGCAUUCAGGGCCCAGCAGCUACACGGUGGGCACCAUGUCGGAGCGCUUUGACUGCCACUACUGCCGCGAUCCGCUGCAUGGCAAGAAGUAUGUGCAGAAGGAAGGCCGCCAUUGCUGCGUCAAGUGCUUUGAGAAGUUCUGCGCCAACACCUGCGCAGAGUGCCGGAAGCCUAUUGGGGCUGAUUCCAAGGAGCUGCAUUUCAAGAACCGCUACUGGCAUGAGAACUGCUUCCGUUGCUUCAAAUGCUACACGUCUCUGGUGAACGAGCCCUUCAUGCUGAAGGAGAACAACAAGGUGUGGUGCAACAAAUGCACCACCACCGAGGGGGCACCCCACUGCAAGGGUUGCCUGAAGCCCAUCGUGGCAGGUGAUCAGAACGUGGAAUACAAGAAGACCGUUUGGCACAAGGACUGCUUCACCUGCAGCCAGUGCAAGCAGGUGAUCGGCACAGCCAGCUUCUUCCCCAAAGAUGAUGAGAUCUACUGCGUCACCUGCCAUGAGCAUAAAUUUGCCAAGACCUGUGUGAAGUGCAAGAAUGCUAUCACUUCCGGAGGAGUCUCCUACCAGGAUCGCCCCUACCAUGCUGAGUGCUUCGUGUGUGCCACCUGCACGAAGAAGCUAGGAGGACAGCGCUUCACAGCCGUGGAGGAUCAAUUCUACUGUGUGGAUUGCUACAAGUCCUUUGUUGCCAAGAAAUGCAACAAUUGCAAGAAUCCCAUCACAGGUUUUGGAAAAGGCACCAACGUGGUCAGCCACGAAGGCCAAUCCUGGCACGAAUACUGCUUCAACUGCAAGAAAUGUUCCAUCCCUUUGGCUAACAAGCCUUUUGUCUAUCACCUUGACCAAGUGUACUGCCCCAACUGUGCUAAGAAGCUGUAAGGGAGGAGGAGGAAGAGCGGUUGGGCAGCAUCUGGCCCCUUGCCACGGAGUGGACGUUGAACCUUGCGCUUGGAUAUGAUCCACUCACAGGCUGCCCGGCUGUAGGAUUUUUGCAAUUUAGGCACCCAACUCCCCACUUGCUUUCCUAAAGAAUGUAAGGCACCUUGCUCUAUGCGCUCUUCCCACACUCCGCAGGUGACAUCAAAAUAAAACUUCUGCAGUAAGAACUGCAGCUAAUUGUGCUUUUUUCUUUGCCAUCCUUAAGAUGCCCACCGGCGUUUAGGCAGAGCUUUUGCGCAUCCAUAUAUACUUACUGCACGGACUGCUAACACAGCACAGGCAAAAGCAAAGAGCUGAUGAGUUUGCGAACUUCUGGGUACCCAGUAAAAUGAGGGUGAAUUCACAUGGCUGCUUUUAAAGGGAGCUUUCUGCUCUCCUUUUGUGGUGCAGUUCCAAUGAACAAAAACCUCGGGAACGAGUUGGAUCCUGCUUUAAGCACUGAUCAGGGACACAGUAUUUUAAAUCAAGCUUUUUAGAAAGAGAAUGUCCUCUUCUCUCUCUUGUGCGCGUCUGUGACUGUGUCCUUGUGCUGCAAGCCCCCCCUGGUGGUACCCACCCAAAUGUAAAAGCGCUUCUUUUCAGUGAAGUGCACAAUUGUUUAUGUGCCUUAUUUCAAAACAUUCCUGUUCCAGAUUAGGCUGUGCUACGUCUACGGAACAGACCCUCCGCUUUCUAACUUAGAAACUUCCUGCUCUUAGAACAAUGAUCCCAAGUUUCCCUAAAUAGCCUCUCUCCUUUUCAGCUUUUUUACAGACAUUGGCAUCCUUCGAAAUAGCCUUAAAUUCACAGGGCUCCCCUCCCAAAUUCAUUCUUUUUGAGAGCCUUUCACUGUUGUUUUAAAAGACCAGGCUUUGUAUAAAGCUUCAGAUAUUAUUUUUUUUGAGGGGGGACGGACAUCUGUCCUCAGGAUGUGGUAGGCAAAGCAUCCAAAUUAGACUUGCUAGAAGCAGAGAGUUUGCCCUAACAGAAUGUCAAAUCACAGGCUGGGGGGGGGGGGUGUCUUUGUACAUUUCCAAUUUUAGAAACGGACAAACUCACAGGGGGAAAAACUGGCCAUCUGACUCUACCCUCCCAAUCUGUGGAUUAAGACUUUAAGGUUUGUUGCUUCCCUUAAGCAUGCGUUUAUAAUAAUCCUUAUGCAGGUAAUAGCAACAAUAAACUUGUUUUCUUAACCUACUAUUACAAGAAAUUCUGCAGUGAAUGUAUACUCCAUGGCUUGUUUUAACCACUUUUUAACCUUUUGGAGUGGCCACUGCUAGUUUUAGAAUAAGCCACCCUUAAAUACAUUUAGGAAGCAAUAAUCAAUCCUUUAUCUUUGUUGGAUUGCAAAAGCAAUUUGCCUGACUACUAGCUUUUAUACCUCGCUACUGAAAUAUGCCUUUUAUGUAGACUUUCGUCAUUCAUUUUCUGCACACAAUGUUUGCUUGUGAAGUCUGGGUGGAUGGGUGGGUGGGGGAUUAGAACUACAUGUACACUGGUUGAAUUAUUAGGGUGGCAAGUCUUGUGCGAUACUAAGGCAUUUCCUCUAAUAAAUAAGUAAUUACUGCUUGCUUGCA